AUGUCCGUCUCAGCCAACUUUGCGGCGGUCGCUGGGCUGUGUCUGGCGGUCAUGUUUCUGUUACAUAUUCUCAGGCGAACACCGAAGCGCAAUGAUCUACCCCCGGGUCCCCCGCGCAUCCCAUUCCUGGGAAAUAUUCAUCAAUUACCGAAGGUUGAUCAAUACCUUACAUUCAUGGAAUGGGCGGCGCAAUACGGGGACAUCGUCUACGCUGAGAUUCUCACCCAACCCAUUGUCAUCCUCAGCUCUGCGAAGGCUGCAUUCGAUCUCAUGGAAAAACGCGGGGCAAGAUACUCCAAUAAACCGCGUUUUGUGUAUUUUGUCGAAUUGGUGGGAUGGACCGGAAACCUCGGGUUUGUUCAAUACAAUGAGACCUGGAGACGCAUGAGGAAGUGGUAUCAACGAGCAUUCAUUGCGAGGUCUUCCGCGGACAGUUAUCAUCCUGCACAGUAUCGUCAAGUGCGCCGCCUCCUGGUUGAUCUCCUGGAAAACCCAGUAGAAUUCGAACAUCAAUUGAAACGAUACAGCGCGGGAAUAGUCCUUGAGAUCGGCUAUGGACAUACUGUCACGUCGUUGGACGACGACCACUUCAUCAAGGUGACGGAAGACGGCCUUAGAGAAUGCCUCGCUGGGAGUGGCGCCGGAGUGGCUUCAGUGGAUUUUCUUCCAAUCUUGAGAUAUUUGCCUGCGUGGUUGCCGGGCAUGCACUUCAAAUAUAGUGCAGCAAAAGCUCGCAAAGCUAUCGAAGACAUGGAAGACAUGCCAUACCGGACCGUCAAGAAUGACAUGGCAAAUGAUCGGGACUGCGAAGCCUCAUUCACGACAGACUUGAUAGAGGAAUGCUCCAGGAAAGGGACUCUGACAGCGGAGGAUGAACGAGAUAUCAAGGGUGCUGCAGGGACACUAUAUGCGGCGGGCACCGACACGUCUUUAACAAGUAUGCUCGUUUUUAUACUGGUGAUGGUCCAGUAUCCGGAAGUGCUCAAAAAGGCGCAACUGGAGCUUACCUGCGUUGUCGGCGAUUCAAGACUACCGGACUUCAGAGACAGAGCAUCCCUACCGUAUCUCGAAUGCAUAAUCAGAGAGGUAUAUCGGUGGUGUCCGGCGAUUACUGCGUGUAAUAAUUGGCAAAAUUUGUCCAUUCCUUGCUCCGCAUGUGGCGCGGAAGACGAUGUGUAUGGCACUUAUUACAUUCCUAAAGGUUCGAUGAUAAUGGCAAAUCUGUGGGCGAUAUUCCGAGAUCCCGAGAUGUACCCGGAACCAGAUGUCUUUAAACCGGAGCGAUUCCUCACGAUUGAUGCGGAUGAGGAUUUCAAGCUCAAAGAUCCAAAGAAGAUGAUGUUCGGUUUCGGGCGGAGUAGAAUAUGCCCAGGACGUUACUUUGCAGACGACAAUGUGUGGCUUGCCGCAGCGUGCAUCAUAGCGACUCUCGACAUUGGCAAGGCGCGGAAUGACCACGGUCAGGAGAUCACACCGGCACCGAGGUUCAUAUCUGGGACUAUCAUGCAUCCUGAACCAUUUGUCUGUGAUAUCCGACCUCGAUCCGAGAAGAGUCGACAAGUGAUCCUUGACAGCAGUACAGAAAACUGA